GGCGUUGUUCGCGAACGCUGCAAAAUUCUAUCAAGUCAAGUUCGAGACGAGAGGGUUGAAAGUAGCUGCUUACACCCUACGAUAGAUGGCAAUAAUAAUGGCGACGAACCCCUCCUUUUUGCCAAACAACAUCUACAGUUAACGAACAGCUGUUCAGCACCGCCAUGGCGCACGCGACGUCGCGACGUCAAAAACACUUCGAACAAUUUCGAUUUAUUCAUGCUGAAAAAAUCUUUCCGCGUCGCGACACAAUUUAUCUGGUGAUAAACUUUCGAUCGUAGAUCGAUAUUCCGAGAUAGUGUUUCGAAUUGUGCCAGUUGAAUAUUUGCGAGUGAUGUGGCUGACAUUUCGGAGAUAUUAAAGUGCGAAUUUUGAUCCUUAACAGAGACAGCGAUGCGAGGAGUUAACGCCCUUUCACAAGAUCAUUUGAUGAGACAGGCCGAGACUUCGAAAGGGUGAGCAUCGACGCAUGUACCCCCAUCUCUCUCACACACGCACGAGACAUAGAAAGCACCGUCACGACACGCAAUGCUGAUGUCGUUCGUGCAUGGCACAAAAAGGAAAGUUUCCAUUUUCGAGUUCAAGCCUUGCGAGGGGCGUGUAAUUCGUCGUGUAAGCACAUCGAGAAGAGCGACAUCAUGGAAUUUUCCAACGUUGCACGAAAAAAGUCGCCGACGCAAAGACAUAAACUCCGAAAAUUGUUUGGCAUAAGAAACACUGCGACUGUACAUCGUUCCUAAUUGACAGAUAGAGGAAGGAGCUAGCGGCGGGAGAUAACUAGAAGCGGGAAUGAGAAGAGGAUCGAGCGGAAUACACGAAGCAGCGUUCGAAAUUUACGAGUGAGUCGGUUUGCUUGCACGUCGUGGGGUUCAAGAUGGUGUCUAGGGGCGGUCGUGCGCCGUAACAAAUGGUUCAGCCGUGAACCCGCUCGCCGUGCAACGACACCGGAAACAGGCGGCAGCUAUCCGGCGAACGAGGGAGCGAACGAGCAAGGAGAUCCGCAAGAAUUCGCGAGGACACAGACGUGAAGCUUACCCCCCGGUCAUCUCUCGCGUGGUGAAUUGUUCCCAGGCACGAAAGCCGAAAACGGUGAAGUUUGUUCAACGCGCUUGUUUGCAACGAAAUUGCCCGGAGACAAGAUGAUUCUGAAACGUCGACGAUGAAACGACGUACGUUUCGCUACGAUCGUCCUGCGAGAGAACGCGUCGCGACUUUUUAAUACGCGUUCGCAGACUCAGAGAUGACGAGGUGUCGCGCGUUUCGAUAUUGAAAUCUUGAUAACAGUUGGUCCAUGAUAACUCGGCCAGAUGGGUUAAAAAAACUUUCGUGGUUCGCGAUUGACGGCACGGUCUCGUGCUGUUUGCGAAAUGGCGAUUAUACCGCGUUCUCGAAAGUGCAACAAGUGGUGUCCAGAUUCUCAAUGCUGAGACAUCAUCGAUGUUACUCGACAAACGGACGAGGGGAUUUGAUCCGGGACCGAUCAGGUUCGCGACCGGUUGGAGAGUCUCGAACAGGAGGACCGCCAUUGUUUCCUAGAACGAUGCCAGCGGGAUUAAGCGCGUCUAAUGAACUUUGAAUCUGUUUCGCCUGUCUAAAAUACGAUCAUCUCGAAAUUUCUUCAUCAGGAUUCUCUUCGUCGGUCUAAGUAGAUUUACCUUCGCUGGGAGGAAAGGUUCGACCAACGCAUCAAGAGGUCCCGGUUUGACGCUGUUCGUUAACCUCGUCAAAGGGUGCUUUAUUGAUCGCGAGAUCGAAAGGUAGACGACGAGUUAGAGUCCGAGCUAAGAUUUUAACUUGAUUCCAACCGCUGGCUUCCGUCGAACUCGAGUACUUGAAUUUACCAACAUCGUCUUUACCAGGAAGGAAUGUAUACAAGUUGAAGAAAAUUUUAAUUUAUACGACGAUUCGCCCAGAACAGGGGAAAUUAGGGUUAUUAAUGCAUGUAUUAAUAUUCGUUGAAACGUGACGCGAUUCAAUGUUGCACGUGACUGCUCUAAGAAAGACUGUAAACGCGAGUCCAUGGCGACGAAAGUGCUCUAUGGUGUGCAGACGAAAAAAACACUUGCCGGGCAUCGACGAUUCUUGGGACUGCUACCUGACCUCUCAACGGCAAAUCCGUUGACUAACGUAGCAGCACCGUUCGUAUGCCGCGGGCAAACACAUCCCGUGACUCGCUCGAGGACGAAGACUUCGCGAUAAUCCAGUCAAGACGUUGUCGGAUCCGCAGAGACGUCGUCGAAUGAGACGAUGGUGAUGAAGAUAUCCGCAAGCGAAGCUGGCGUUCCUCUAUUAGGCGCCGUCGGUCCGCGCUACGUCGUUAAACAAGCGACGGUGAAGCGCUGCGUCCUGGCGUUGUUGCUCGUCUCCAUCGCCAGUAUAUUCUAUUACACUUACUACAUUGUCAGCAGUGGGCCGCUAUCCAGUUUAAUACACCGAGAUACAAGGCCAGAGCCAGCGAUACGAUGUUCGACUCUGAGAGGCGCGACUAGACUACCAUCAGCACCAGACCAUCGCAGUGAAGCUCGAUUAAGGAUAGACCCAAAAGUGUUGGUCUUUGUAGAAACUCUAUACUCGAGGCUAGGCCGAGAGAUAGCUGAGCUGCUAGUUUAUAAUCGAAUAAAGUACAAAGUGGAAGUGGCCGGUAAGUCUUUACCGGUGUUGACGAACCUCGACAAGGGUCGAUACGGGGUGCUGAUUUUCGAGAAUCUAAACAAGUACCUGCAGAUGGACAAAUGGAAUCGUGAGCUACUCGACAAAUAUUGCAGGGAAUAUUCAGUUGGCAUCGUGGGUUUUGCUCCUCCAGGAGAAGAGAGUCUCGUUGGUGCUCAGCUGAAGGGCUUUCCACUUUUUAUACAUACUAAUCUUAGAUUGAAGGAUGCUCAGCUGAAUGCGGCGUCUCCCAUUCUUCGAUUAACCAGAUCAGGAGAAACGGCCUGGGGACCACUUCCUGGCGGCGACUGGACUAUUUUUCAGGCCAAUCACAGCACCUACGAGCCACUCGCUUGGGCAUAUCGAGACAGCCUCGACUAUCCAGCCAACAAAAGUCCCCUAGCUACCGUCAUCCAGGAUCAUGGCAGAUAUGAUGGAAUUCAGAGAGUUCUCUUCGGCGGUGGCCUACGAUUUUGGCUGCAUAAAUUGCUACUGUUGGACUCGUUAUCCUACUUGUCGCACGGACAAUUGAGUCUCAGUUUAAAUCGUAUGAUCCUGGUGGACGUUGACGAUAUAUUUGUCGGCGAGAAAGGCACCAGACUGAGAAAAGAUGACGUAAUGGCAUUGUUAGCUACUCAGCAGAGAAUUCAAGCUCUGGUGCCGGGGUUCAAAUUUAAUUUGGGGUUUUCCGGGAAAUAUUUUCAUCACGGGACAGCGGAGGAGAAUUUGGGGGACGACAUGCUUUUGGAGAACGUAGACAGAUUUACGUGGUUUUCCCACAUGUGGAAUCACCAACAACCGCAUCUUUACGAGAAUGUAACUCAUCUACAAUUGGAUAUGGCACUGAACAAACAAUUCGCAAAGGAUCACGGUAUACCGACCGGAAGCGGAUACAGCGUAAGUCCACAUCACUCCGGCGUUUAUCCGGUCCACGAAGGCCUCUAUGAAGCAUGGAAGCGAGUAUGGAACAUCAAGGUCACAAGUACCGAAGAAUAUCCGCAUCUAAGACCAGCUCGUUUGAGACGCGGUUUUAUUCACCGUAAUAUAAUGGUUUUACCGAGGCAAACGUGUGGUCUUUUUACUCACACAAUUUUUAUCGAGAGGUAUCCAGGUGGAAGGGAAAAGCUGGAUGAGUCGAUACAGGGCGGAGAACUUUUCCAAACGAUCGUAUAUAAUCCGAUAAAUAUUUUUAUGACGCAUAUGUCGAAUUAUGGAAACGAUCGGCUGGCAUUGUACACUUUCGAAUCAGUUAUAAAAUUCAUUCAGUGUUGGACAAAUUUGAGACUGUCUAGUGCACCACCACUUCAGCUUGGAGAACGUUAUUUUCAAUUAUAUCCCGAGGAAGCCGAUCCAGUGUGGGGAAAUCCAUGCGAUGAUCAGAGACAUCAGAAGAUUUGGUCCCGUAAUAAAACUUGCGAUCAGCUACCACGAUUUCUAGUAAUCGGACCUCAAAAGACUGGUACUACAGCAUUGUACACAUUCCUGUCCAUUCAUCCAGCAAUAAGCAGCAAUUUACCAAGCCCCGAUACUUUUGAAGAGAUACAGUUUUUUAAUGGAAAGAAUUAUUAUAAAGGUCUUGAUUGGUACAUGAGCUUCUUUCCAGCAUCAAAAAACGAGAGUUCUCGAUAUCUCUUUGAAAAAUCUGCUACUUAUUUUGAUGGAGAAUUAGUACCGCGAAGAGCCCAUGCACUUUUACCAAGAGCUAAGCUAAUCACCAUAUUGCUCUCUCCAGCUAGACGUGCUUAUUCAUGGUAUCAGCAUACUAGAGUACAUGGAGAUCCGGUAGCGAACAAUUACUCCUUCCAUGCGGUCAUCACAGCGAGUGAUUCUGCUCCGAAAUCCUUACGGGAUCUUAGAAAUAGGUGUUUAAAUCCUGGAAAGUACGCCCAACAUUUAGAAAGAUGGUUAUCGUUUUAUUUACCGCAACAAUUACACAUUAUCGAUGGCGAGCAGUUACGACAAAACCCUGUGGAAACGCUGCAUGAAUUGCAACGAUUUCUAAAAAUAACGCCUGCCUUCAAUUAUUCUUCACAUUUGAGGUACGAUCCGAAAAAGGGUUUUUUCUGUCAAGUAACUAACGAAGAUCGCACUAAAUGUCUUGGUAAAAGUAAAGGUCGCCAGUAUCCACCGAUGGAAGACAGAUCGUACAAAUUAUUACAGAGAUAUUAUUUGUCCCACAACACGGCUCUAGUGAAAUUAUUAAAGCGGCUUGGGUCCAGAACGAUUCCGCAAUGGCUGAAGGAGGACCUUACCGAUACUGUGAUGACCUAGCAAACGCCAAUCAUAUGAAACUUUAAUGUUUCCCGGCUACUCGCUUCCGCUGUCAGCGAGAUACGUCGCUUGCUAAUGGAAGACUUGUAAAAUAAUUGUAUAUUCAAAACUCCACUGGAUUUCACAUCUUUAAAGGAAGGACCAUGCUGGCCUAUCUCAGUGGACUGGCCUAAUAUAAUUGAAGACCUUACAAAAGCUAGUCAUAUAAACGAUUUUACGAAGUCCCAGUUAUAAUUGUCGAUCAUUGUUAAGCUAAUAAUACUAGUUUUAUUAUUAUUAUCCUCUUUAUUUUAUUAUUAUUAUAUUAAUUAUUAAUGUAUUACUAUUAUCAUUAUCAUCGUUACCGCGUCGUAGAAAUCAAGGAUAUUAAUCACUCACUAGUGCCAUUGUCCAGCAAUAAUUAGGCACUUUCUAUUUCCCCAUACAUAAGUUGAGCAAAAAGUCAAUCAAUACAUAUGAAUUGAAAAUUAUGUAAAAGAAAGAUAUAUCUUUACAAAAAAUGCAGACCUGUUUUUAUAAAUUUUAUGACAUAAGAAAAGAUUUCAUAUAUAUCAAGAAGAAUGUCCAUAGAAAUUUAUAAAAUAUCUAAUGAACAUAAAUGAAUUUUUGCUAUCAACGCGAUACGAGUGUUGUAACGAAUGAUAUUGAAGAAUAUCUUUUUGGCAAAAUGCAAUAUUUUAAAAAGUUAAAGUUCACUUUUCUUAAUAUCAGACUGUCCAAAUCAUAUUGUUUUGAGAAAUGUAUAUUCUUCACGUGUAAGGAUCGAUGAAUUGUAUUGUCAGAUUUUUGAGCCAGACAGUUCAUCGUUCUUCUUGCACUAAUCAUCGGAUCGUCCAUGCGAGCGUGAGAUUUCGGGAGUUUGAGAGCUUUUCUCUUAAGCCCACCACUUUCGGAGAUACAGUGUAUAUUAAUUCUCGUUAUAUUUAAGAUCGAUAACGAUGAGAAAUCUAUGUAUAUUUUGACAAUACUAUUCUUGGUAUCCACGGUAGAAAGGCCAACAAAAGAUGUGUGAUCGCGUCCGUUUGUACAUUGAUGUAACGCAUUAUUUUGAUGUUAAUAUAGGUGUAUUAUAGUAUAUAAAAAAAAUAGGGUGAAAACUUGAAACUGGCAAUUCAGGUACAUCUAAGAUGAGAUGUUUGGAAGUUCCAAUCUCAGAUGCGUUGACGAACAUACAUCCAUUUGCAAUAAUCAACACUAUCAAAGAAUUGAAACUCGUACGUUUAUUAGAUCAAUAAACAAUUCUUUGGCGCACUAUGUAAAUUACCCGCUGAUAAAUUGUAUGAAAAUAUUUAAGAUUUGUCACGAUUAUCGCAAAUUGCGUACAGUGAUACAUUGUGGAUUUGAUCAUUGUUGUAAAAAGUAGAAAUAGAAUUUUAUUUUUCAGCGGGUAAGUCCAAAUAAUUACACAGUGAUUUUUCGAAAUUGUUUUUUAGCAUACUUUUCAAAUUCAAUAUAUACAAAAUCUUUAUAUUUUUUUUGUGUAACUACGUGUUUGGAAAUGAUAUUAGUAUCAUUCAGUAUUUAUUUUACUUUAAAAAAAUAUACAUCGAAUCGACCUAAGAAGAUUUUGUU